UCUAUCUGUCUUUCUCCUUCAAAAAUUACCUCACCUUUCUUUUCUUUUCUCUACUAGCACCGAACCCGAAUUUGAAAAAUGGAUCUACACGACCCGAACCGGUUCCGCAACCGCAAACAAACCCUCUCCUCGCGGGAACGCUUCCUCGGCGUCCCAUCAUCCCACGCGCCUCGAAUCGAAAACUCUUCCUCCUCCGCCACCGACGACGACGUCGUCGUUUUCUCCAACAACGACGACCUAAUCGAAGACGAUGUCGUUUUCUCCAACAAUGACGACUCCACCGAACCCUCUUCUUCUUCUCAAAUCCCUAACCGCCACCACAACCACAAUAACCACCACAAAGCCUUCGCGUUCGGUCCCUCCGACGCUUCGUUCGGCAUCCUCGCCGCGCUGCCGGAGAACGACCACGCCUCCUCGAACGGCUCGCACUUCUUCCACCACAAACCCUCGGUUUCCGUCUCCGUCUCUGUCUCGCUCUCCUCGUCCUCCUCCUCCUCCGCCGCCGCGCGCCUCAUUCCGGCGAUCCCGAAGCCCCCGCCGGAGCGGACUCCCUCCUCCUCCUCCUCCCUCAAGUUCCACCAGUCCGCGCCGGUGAACGUGCCGCUUAUGCCGAUGAGAAGACACCACCGCCGCGACUUCGAUGACGACGACGACGCGACGGAGGAGAUGCUGCCGCCUCACGAAAUUGUGGCGCGGAAUUCUGCGCAGUCACCAAUGCUGGCUUAUUCGGUUCUUGAAGGAGUAGGGAGGACGCUCAAGGGGAGAGACUUGCGUCAGGUUCGGAAUGCCGUUUGGCGCCAAACGGGUUUUCUCGAUUGAUUGAAUUAUGAAGAAAAUGCUUUUAGAUUUUCGGUUUUUUCUGUUUCAUUCUUUAGAUAUGUUUUUCUUUUAGGAAGUGCUAAAACCCUAAAACCUCGAUUGAUUGUAAAGUUGAAGAGUUGGUGAAUAAUGGCUCAGUGCUUUAUUAUUGUUUGAUUAUUGUAUAUCUCUUAUGCAAUAAUUUAUUUUUGUGGUCCAUAAUGAGCUCUAUUGGAAGA